AUGGGGUCAUCAUGGAAGGCGACAGCCAUGCUAACAUGGCUUCUUGCUGCAGAAUCAGUGAACUGUCUGCCGCAGUCAAUUGGCACCGCUGCGGAGAAGAUCUUGGAGCAGACUGCUACCGAAACUAGUACGGCUUUCAAGACUCAGUAUCCGCCGUCGAACGCCGAAGAGCGACUACUUGUGCCCGAAGCCUCGCCAAUCUAUCGAGUUGUGCUUGAUAACGAGGGUCACCCGCCACAGCUUCCUUUCCCAACUGUCGACGUUGAUCGAGUUCUCAAUAGCAUCCAGGGCUUGUUAUCCGACGACGACAGCUCGUCUGCUGCUCCCGCUGCGCCAGCUACUUCCGACGUCCCUGCCGCAACUUCAAGUGCUACCUCGCCAAACACGACAUCCGCUGAGACUCAACUUGAUUCUAAUCGGCAUCCAGACGUUCCCUCCGGUCCGUCCACUGGUACCCCAGGCGGCCACGAUCACCCUUCCACCAUGAACAACCAGGAUAUCUUCCAGCCUAUUGCGACCAAUGCGCCUCCUGCAAACAUCAAACCUCGUCACGAUCACCCUGUGAAGAACAUUCAUGCCAAUACUUCUGACCCAAUUGAAACCAACAAGUUUUACGCUGGUCUGUUCCUUGGCUCUCAAACAAAUGCCAGUUUCACACAGCCCUAUUCUCUGGCUUGGUCCAGGGGAGGCGGUACUCUCAAGAGCUGGGGCGUGGGUGUCUCACAUCUGGAGGCUAACGUGCUUGCGUAUGGUCCUAAGAACCACAAGCUCCCCGGCGACCCUGUUGAGUACUACAUCAACCCAGUCGGCCUGCAGCAUAUUGUCCUUUCAGCCACCGAGCUGGAUGAGUCGAGUGUCCUCAGCACCGAGGACCCCAAGGCGUUCUCCGCCCACGCUGUCCUGAAGCGUUCUGGCGGUUCCGCUCAAAGCAUCACAUUCCCUAUUGUGCAGGGCAUGGGCUAUGUGACCGGUAUCUACAAUGACUUGCAGCCCCUCAUCGAGAGUGGAGUCUUCUUUCGAGAGGUUGUCAGUGCUGGUUCUCCCAAGCCGGGUAUCUUCAAAUACCAAGUCGCCCUAGAGGAUGAGACUCACUGGGUCCUCUAUGCCUCUCCCAACGAUGGCAAGGAUCCCCACCUGAAACUUGCUUCCAAGUCCAGCCUUAGGGGUCCUCACGGUUUCUCUGGUACCAUUCAGAUCGCUAAGAACCCUGCCGGCAAGUCUGGUGAGAAAUUCUAUGACAACUCUGCUGGUGUCUACCCCGUUGCUGGCCACAUCACUGGUGCUGUCAAUGGCGAUGUUGGUACAUACAGCCUGUCCUGGACCAAGGACGGCAAGCAUGCCCAAGGAACCCCUCUGAUCAUGUUCGCCUUGCCGCACCACUUCCAGUCGUUCGACAGCAACACCGCUGGCCGGAUCACCAGCGUCCACCUCCGCAGCACUACCAAGGGUAACGCGACCGCUGUCAUUGGUGACAGCUGGACUAUGGUCGAGCACGGUCUCCCCGUGGAUAUGGGCUUUGCCCCUUGGUCGGCUGCCAAGGGCAACAUCCACUCCUUGUCUACUCAAGCCAAGCAGGCUGUCGUUCAGAUUGCGCCCUACGAGCUGCAGCAAGACAUUAUGGCCCAGAGUGAUUUGAACAGCAUGUACUACAGCGGCAAAGCCCUCAGCAAGUUCGCGACUCUCAUCUACGCGGUCAGUCAGCUUGGUGGAAACCCCGAUGUGGCCGCCUCUGCCUUCCAGGACUUGAAGAAGGCCUUCGCUCGUUUCGUGAACAACCACCAGCAGUACCCCUUGGCCUAUGACUCUGUCUGGAAGGGUGUUGUUUCGACUGCAGGCUACUCCGGUGAUCUGAACCAGGACUUCGGUAACACUGCCUACAACGACCACCACUUCCACUAUGGCUACUUCAUCCAGGCUGCGGCGAUCAUCGGAUCCCUUGACCCGGAGUGGCUAACCGAGAACAAGGACUGGGUCAACAUGCUGGUCCGUGAUGCCGGCAACUCUGUGGAGAACGACCCGCACUUCCCCUUCUCUCGUGCCUUUGACUGGUUCAACGGCCACUCGUGGGCCAAGGGUCUUUUCGAGUCAUUCGACGGCAAGGACGAGGAAUCCACCUCGGAAGACACCAUGUUCGCCUACGCCGUGAAGAUGUGGGGUCAGACUAUUGGCGAUGCAAGCAUGGAGGCUCGUGGAAACAUGAUGCUAGGCAUCAUGCGCCGCACGCUCGACAGCUACUUCUUGAUGCGAAGCAAUAACACCAACCAGCCACCAAACUUCAUUGGCAACAAGGUCACCGGUAUUCUCUUCGAGAACAAGGUCGACCACACCACCUACUUCGGUAACAAUCUGGAGUAUAUCCAGGGAAUCCACAUGCUUCCCCUCCUCCCGAACUCUGCCUAUACUCGUUCUCAGCAGUUCGUCGCCGAGGAAUGGCAGGCCAUGUUCGCGCCCAACGCCUCUACCCCAGCCCACAAGGUCGAUGGUGGCUGGAAGGGCGUUCUCUUCGCCAACCUCGCCCUCAUCAACCCAAAGGAGUCCUGGAAGUUCUUCGCACAGCACCACUUCGAUUAUAGUUGGAUUGACGGCGGUGCCACUCGUACUUGGUACCUUGCCUACGCUGCAGCCCUCGGUGGACUGUAG